AGAAUCAGGGCAAAAGGGUCAUGCUCGACAUGGCACAGGGUCUCAGGGGACAGAACAUAACCUGUGACAAACUACAACUUGUGCCAGGAGCUUCUAAAGAGAAAGCUCACAAUGGUCGGAACUGUCCGAAAGAACAGGGCUGAACUCCAUGCUGAGCUGCUGGUAAUCAAGGACAGGGCCCCUCAAUCUUCCAUGUUUGCCUUCACAGACACCACAGCCCUAGUGUCUUACUGCCCCAAAAAGUCAAAAAAUGUUGAGCUCAUGAGCACUCUGCACAAAAAUGCUGAAAUCAGCACAAGAGAGGACCAGAAACCAAGCAUGAUCCUUGAUUACAAUGCCACCAAAGGGGGGGUAGACAACUUAGACAAAGUAACAGGGUCCUACAGUACCAAACAGAUGACUGCGCGCUGGCCAUUGGUCAUCUUUUAUAACAUGAUCGAUGUAUCAGCCUACUAUGUAUUUAUCAUCGGGACGGAGAUAUUUCCUGACUGGAAUGUGUCAAAGCUGUACAAGAGGCGCAUCUUUCUCGAGGAGUUGGGGAAGGAGCUUGUGACACCGCACAUCCAACGUAGGCAGCACCUGCCAAGGACCCCAGCCGCUGCAGCCACGGUGAGGGAGAUCCAGGAGAGGACUGCAUCAAGUACACCAAUGCGUGAGGUUGCUGCUGAGGGGAAAAGAAAGAGGAAGAGGAGCGAGGUCUGCAGGCCAUCUGACGAUGUCAAGACAAGCAUGACCUGCGCGAAAUGUGCAAAAUUCAUUUGCACGAAGCACAGUGUUAUAACAUGUCACUCGUGUGUUGUGUAGAUGUACAGACAAACAGACAGACACACACACACAUACACCUUGUUCAUAUUGCAAUUGCUUGUUUGUUGUAUUGCAAUUUUUUUCAUUUCUGGUUCACAAACAGUGCAUGUAUGUAAAACAAAAUUUAAAUGUUAAGUUUCAAUGUUGUGUAAAACUAUUGUGUUUUAUAUGUUGGUCUUUCAAAAGAAAUAAAGUGGUGAAACAUUAAAAAAAGUUUGAA